AUGAAAUCGUUGCUACUACUCCACCUAUUUCCACUUUGGAGGUUAAGGCAACUUAUAGUCUCGGUGCAAUACACGUUCUGCCUAUGAGAAUUACUGGAAAGACAACGUCUAAAAAAUCUUAUUGGAAAGAAGUAAUUGAAGAAUCUAGAAUA